UCAUAUGUCUCGGUGACAUUUAAAUAAAUUUUUUCUGGUUUUGUGAAUCUGAUUACCAUUUUACCGAUUCAAACAUGGCAGCGUUAAAGACGGAAAUUGAAAUCGAGAAAAAUAGUGAGAAUAAAGAUGUUGAAGAUGUUGUUGAUGAAAUAAACUCCAAAGAUCCGGAAAAAAAGAAGAAAAAGAAAAAAAAAAAGAAGGCAGGAGGAGAUAAUCAAGUCGACUCCCAGAUAGUCGACGCCAAACCCAACGGAGAAUGUGACGAAAAUGGGGAUGCUGUCCCUGAUAAUGAAGAAAAUGUAGAGAAGAAAAAAAAGAAAAGGAACCGAAAAAAGGGUAGUGGAAAACCUGUUCAAACUGAUCCUCCUUCUAUUCCGAUUGUUGAUCUAUUUCCUGACAAAGUUUUUCCGGAAGGUCAAAUCAUGGAGCAUCCAGUGAAAAAUGAUGAUCGAACAGCCAAAGAUCGUUUCACUUCUGAAGAAAAGAAAGCAUUGGAUCGAAUGCAUUAUGACGAUUAUAAUGAAAUCAGACUGGCUGCUGAAGCUCACAGACAAACUCGUCAACAUAUUCAAAAAUGGAUCAAACCUGGUAUGACUAUGAUAGAAAUCUGUGAAGAGCUGGAGAAUACCGCAAGAAAAUUGAUAGCAGAAAAUGGUUUGAAAGCAGGUCUAGCCUUCCCAACGGGUUGUUCUAGAAAUCACUGCGCUGCACAUUAUACCCCAAAUGCUGGUGAUCCAACUGUUUUGGAAUAUGAUGAUGUUGUUAAAAUUGAUUUUGGUACACACAUUAAUGGAAGAAUCAUCGAUUGCGCCUUCACACAAACCUUCAAUCCAAAAUAUGAUAAGCUGGUUGAAGCAGUUAAAGAUGCUACAAACACAGGAAUUAAUGCUGCAGGAAUUGACGUCCAAUUGUGUGAAAUAGGAGCUGCAGUCCAGGAGGUAAUGGAAUCUUAUGAGGUUGAAUUAGAUGGCAAAACUUAUCCUGUUAAAUCCAUUCGUAAUCUGAAUGGUCACUCAAUAACCCCUUAUAGAAUACACGCAGGAAAAACAGUACCUAUUGUGAAAGGUGGAGAGGCGACUGUAAUGGAAGAAAAUGAAUAUUAUGCCAUUGAAACUUUCGGUUCAACCGGUAGAGGAGUUGUUCAUGAUGAUAUGGACUGUUCGCAUUACAUGAAGAAUUUCGAUGUUCCAUAUGUUCCUCUAAGGUUACAAAGCUCCAAAUCACUAUUGAACGUAAUCAAUAAGAAUUUUGGAACGUUAGCUUUCUGCAAAAGAUGGUUGGAUAGAGCCGGAGCUACUAAAUACCAAAUGGCGCUGAAGGACCUCUGUGACAAGGGAGUUGUAGAUGCAUAUCCACCGUUAUGCGACAUCAAAGGUUGUUAUACAGCUCAGUUUGAACAUACCAUCAUUCUUCGUCCAACAUGCAAAGAAAUUGUCUCUCGAGGUGAUGAUUACUAAACUUGACUUUUCUAAAAGUUUUUAUUGAGAUGAUUUGUAUCUAAACAACUUAUAUUCAAUAAACAGUUGUAAAUAAUUUC